CGCAGCAGCGAGCGUCUCAUCGAGAACGAACCAGAGCGGAGCCCAAGAGGAGCUAAACAUGGCGACCUCGAAUAAUCCGCGCAAAUUCAGCGAAAAGAUCGCGUUACACAAUCAGAAGCAAGCGGAAGAGACAGCUGCGUUCGAGGAGGUGAUGAAAGACCUGAGUAUUACUCGGGCGGCCCGUUUACAGUUACAGAAGACUCAGUAUUUACAGCUUGGUCAGAACCGAGGACAGUACUAUGGCGGCUCUUUGCCAAAUGUCAAUCAGAUUGGAAACACCACUAUUGACCUUCCCUUUCAGACUCCUUUUCAGAAUUCAGGAUUGGACACAAGUAGAACAACUCGUCACCAUGGGCUGGUGGACAGGGUCUACCGGGACAGGAAUCGCAUCACGUCGCCACACCGCAGACCUCUCUCUGUGGACAAACAUGGCCGUCAAAUUGAUAGCUGUCCGUAUGCCUCUGUGUAUCUGUCACCCCCACCUGAUACCAGCUGGAGGAGGACCAACUCAGACUCUGCCCUGCACCAGAGCACUUUUAACCCAAACCCACAAGAUGCAUUUGCAGGAGGAUCUCAAGAUUUGCAGCCAAAACAAGUUCUUCUUCUCACUAUGCCAGGAACAGGGGAAUCUGAGAGGGACAUGGACAAAGAAGGUCAAAAGCAGAUAUGGGAUCACAAAAAGACUACUUCAACAAGGCCCAAGUCAAACAAAAUACCUGGAAUCAACAUAUUUCCGUCUCCAGAUCAGGAAAUGACUACAUCUCUAAUCCCAGUGGCACACAACACGGGCGGCUCUCUGCCAGACCUGACCAACAUCCAGAUUCCCCCUCCUCUCCCCACACCUCUGGACCCUGACGACUCUUCUUCCUCUCUCAGUACCUCCAACAGCACUGGCAACCUGGCCAACACUCACAUGGGCCUCACUUCUGCCAGCCAAGCCCAGCCCACAGUGACAGUGAGCAUUCAGCGCCGGCAUGAGAAUGUAGUUCCUCUGAUCCUCAACACAGACUCCCAGCAGCACCCGAGUUUUCAGCAGCUGUCGCCCACCCUCUCUCCUCCGCUCUCUAUAGCACAGGCGGUGACGAUAGACGCCAUGUCGCUGGAGCAACAGUUGGCUCAGUAUGCUUUCUUCAGUCAGCCGUCCACACAGACACAGGGGGUCGGUGGGCUUCCUCAGCUCCAGCAGAACACCCAGCUGCCACCUGUCUCAUGCAGCCAGACACAAACCUCUGUGGGCAUUGAUAUUAACACGGCUGCUUCCCUCCAGCAGUACCGCUGUAGGGUGGGGUCUUCGGCCAAUCAGUCUCCAACCUCUCCGGUCUCCAAUCAAGGCUUCUCUCCGGGGGGCUCGCCUCAACACUCAUCCAUUUUCGGAAGUGUCUUUGGUGAUGCCUUUUACGACCAGCAGUUGUCCCCUCGGCAGACCAGCGCUUUGUCUCAGCAGCUGGAGCAGUUCAACAUGAUUGAGAAUUCCAUCGGCUCAAGCAGUCUGUACACUGAGGGAUCCACUCUAAACUACUCUCAAGCUGCGAUGCUCAACCUCACCGGGAGCCAUGGCAACAUGCAGGAUGCGCAGCAGCUAGGCUACAGCAGCCAUGGGAACAUCCCCAACAUCAUUCUCACAGUUACAGGAGAGUCUCCCUCGAGCCUAUACAAAGAGUUGUCCAACUUUCUGACAGGUGAUGUGAGCUUUGACGCAGAUUCACAGUUUCCUCUGGAUGAGCUGAAAAUCGAUCCGCUGACGCUGGAUGGCCUGCAUAUGCUCAACGAUCCAGACAUGGUUCUGGCCGAUCCCGCCACAGAAGAUGCUUUCCGGAUGGACAGGCUGUAAUCUUUAGGUAUACGAUGUUCAUUUGUCCUUUUUUGAGAUCGGUGUGAUUAAGUGGGAGAGAAGCAGCAUGUCUGGGGGACACUUGACCCUGUUUCUCAAAGCCCAUCCUCUGGGAAGAUAUUGCUGAGAAUGUUGCCACAGCAUGCUAGGGGAAAAAUGGAAAAGCAGUGCUGCCACAUCUAAUGAAUCAACCUUUUGAGCAAGCAGCCCAUCGUUUCUUAGGAUAAUACACUCGCACCUCAGCAAUUGUGGUUCCUUUAGCUCUAUAGAGUGAAUGUGACACUACAUAAGAUCCCUCAAUGUUCAAGCAUGCGUUCUUCCAUUUCAUUUCCUGUAGAAGCCUCUCCUCCUCCUUCUGAUGCCUGCCAUACAUGCCUGUUACUUUCCUUUUUUCUUUAAAUAUAAAUAUUUAGUUAUGCACUUUUAUACAUGCAUAUGCCACAAAAAACAUAGUUUAUGAUCUGUUUUUAAUUUAUUUUCCUAUACAAAUAUUUCUUGCUUGUAAGAACAUUGUUAAAAAGGAGUGUUAUUCCUCCCCUAUUUAAGGGCAGUUUUCAUGCACCUGCAACACGUUUAUCUUUACACAUCAACACUAAUGUACUUCAGUGCAGUCUGAACAUAUGAUUGUAAUGUUUAAUAGAUGUCUAGUUUUGUCACGUUGUGCUUAGAUAGUGGUACAGUGCUAAUGUGGCUCAAGAUGAUCAAAUUCAUCUGGUUGAAAAGUGUACAACUGGAAAUCUUAAUAUCAGAAGACACAUUUACACAUUUAAUGGGAUUAUUCACCAAAAAAUGAAAGUUCUUUGAUCAUUUGCUCA